AUGGCUCGACUUUCGUUUCUGGUCGCCGCUGGCGCUGUGCUGCUAGCCAGCCACGCCUCCGCUGAUGACCUCUACACACCCAAACACGAAGCUGGUAGAUGUGCUAUGCGAGGACACUGUGGCAAGAAGGGCUUCUUCGGAAAGCCACUGCCCUGUGUCGAUAACGGGCUAGCCAAGUCCCCUGACGAUGACCUCGCCAAAGACAUCGAGGAGCUAUGUGGUCCCAAGUGGAAGGACAGCAAGGUCUGCUGUGAUUCUGACCAGCUCGCCUCCCUUAAAUCCUCGCUCUCUACCCCGAAUCAGAUCAUCGGUGGCUGUCCCGCGUGUAGAGACAACUUCUUCAACCUGUUCUGUUCCUUCAGCUGUUCCCCGGAUCAGUCACUGUUCAUCAACGUCACGCGAACCCAACAACUGAGUGGAAAGACCGCCGUCGCCGAGCUCGAUCAGCUCUUGACUAAAGAGUAUAGUGAUGGGUUCUACGACAGUUGCAAGGAGGUCAAGUUCGGUCCUUCGAACUCCAAGGCAAUCAACUUCAUUGGCGGCGGUGCACACAAUGCCACCGAGCUUCUGAAGUUCCUUGGCAAGGAACAAGCAAUCGGGUCACCUUUCCAGAUCAAUUUCCCAGCGAACUACUCCGAGCCCAGCAUGGCGCCCCAGGAGAUGAAGCCGAAGAAAUGCAAUGACGAGGAUCCGAACUUCCGAUGCUCUUGUGUCGACUGUCCCGCUGUAUGCCCGGAGCUUGCGGAUGUCGAUCAAUCAGGGCCAUGCCGGGUGGGCGUGCUUCCCUGCUUGACUUUCGCCUCAAUCUUCACCUAUGGCGUCUUGCUAUUCUCGCUCAUUAUGGCUGUUGUGGGACAUGUCGCUUGGAGAAAGCACGCUCAGCGGCGGAGCGAACGGCUCCACCUGCUGCAAGGUGCUGAACCAAGCGAUGACGAGGAUGAAGGCGAUCUUGUGCGCAACGGCGCCAUGUACGACCGGCCCAUGAGAUACUACAAAAUCAACACUUGGUGCGACACUGCUUUCAGCAACCUAGGCCACUUCUGCGCAAGGUUUCCCGCAACAACUAUUUCCCUAAGUCUGAUAGUAGUUGCCGUGAUGAGCGUCGGUUGGUACAAGUUUGACGUGGAAAGAGAACCCGCAAGGCUAUGGGUAGCCCCAGAUUCAGCGGCAGCCCAAGAGAAGGCUUUUUUCGACGAAAACUUCGGCGCGUUCUAUCGAGCACAGAAGGUCUUCCUGGUCAAUGAUACUCUUCCGUCUGGACCAGGUCCAGUGCUGAGUUACGAUACCCUCACUUGGUGGACAGGAGUUGAGAAGGACGUCAGACAGAUUAAGGGACAAAACUUUGGCACUACCUUCCAGGACGUAUGCUUCAAACCCACUGGGUCAGCUUGCGUCGUCCAGUCGCCCACCAUCUUCUUCAACGGCAGGAGGAACUGGGAGUCAGAAUUUCAAAGCUGUGCCGACACACCCGUGGAAUGUCGACCCGACUUUGGCCAGCCGAUUGAGCCGAACAUGAUUCUCGGUGGGUAUAAAGACGACAGCCAGGUUACCGAAGCACCCGCCAUGACGGUAACAUGGGUCGUCAACAACUAUCCGCCGGGAAACCCCGAGCUUGCACAUGCUAAGGACUGGGAAAGGUCGCUGAAAAAUCGACUUCUGCAGGCGCAAAGUGAAGCAGAUAAUCUCGGCUUGCGGCUUUCGUUCUCGACGGAGAUCAGUCUAGAAGAAGAGCUUAACGACUCUACGAAUUCCGAUGCUACGAUCGUUGCUAUAAGCUAUCUGGUCAUGUUCAUUUAUGCCUCUGUUACGCUGGGUUCGUCGACCAUGACCAUCCGCGAGCUACUCCGGAAUCCGGCUGUCGCACUGGUACAGAGCAAGUUUACGCUGGGUCUCGUGGGAAUUCUCAUUGUUCUGAUGUCGAUAAUCUCAUCUAUCGGACUUUUCUCUUGGGCAGGUGUCAAGGCCACCUUGAUCAUCGCCGAGGUCAUACCCUUCAUCGUCUUGGCUGUGGGAGUAGACAACAUCUUUCUGAUCGUACACGAAUUCGACCGUGUAAACGUGAGUCACCCGGAUGCUAUGGUCGAGGAGAGGAUCGCCAAGGCACUUGGUCGAAUGGGCCCAUCGAUUCUCUUCUCUGCCAUUACGGAAACCGUCUCUUUUGCGCUGGGAGCAUUCGUCGGGAUGCCGGCAGUGAGAAAUUUCGCAGUCUACGCGGCAGGCGCAGUACUCAUCAAUGCUCUACUUCAGAUGACGCUGUUCAUCUCUAUCUUGUCAUACAACCAGAUGAGGACCGAAGACCACAGGGCGGACUGCUUCCCUUGCAUCCAAAUCAAGGCAGCUCGGGUUCACUUGAGCAGCAAUGGUCGCAACGGCACCCGACCGUACGAUGUACCAGACGAGAGCUUGCUACAGCAAUUCAUUCGCAAGUACUAUGCGCCAGCUCUGCUGGAGAAGAAGGUCAAGAUUGCCGUCAUUGCUAUCUUCAUGGCUCUUCUUGCCUCCGGAGUCGCAUUAAUCCCAUACGUCAAACUUGGGUUGGAUCAACGAGUUGCCCUGCCUAAUGGCUCCUACCUCAUCGAUUAUUUCAAUGACCUGUACAGUUAUCUGGACACCGGCCCACCCGUCUACUUUGUAACGAAAGACCUGAAUGCCACGCAGCGCACCGAGCAGCAAGAGAUCUGCUCGCGUUUCAGCACGUGCGAGUCCCUGUCUCUUGCAACUGUGCUCGAACAAGAGCGCAAGCGACCGGAAGUCUCGUACAUCUCCUCUCCAGCGGCGAGCUGGAUCGAUGACUUCUUCCUGUGGCUGAAACCCGAGAACGAGGAUUGUUGCAGGGAAAAUGGCAAGGUCUGCUUCGAGGGUCGGGAUCCGGCUUGGAAUAUCACCCUUGAAGGCAUGCCAGAAGGCGAAGAAUUCGUGCACUACCUGCAGAAGUUCCUAGCCGCUCCCACCACGGAUACAUGCCCUCUUGGAGGACAGGCUUCGUACGGUCACGCUGUCGCGGUGGAUGCCGAGCAUACCAGUAUCCCUGCCAGUCAUUUCCGCACUAUGCACAAACCACUGCGCAGCCAGGACGACUUCAUCGCCGCUUACGCGGCAGCUCGCCGUAUUGCGAAUGAUGUCAGCGCGAGCACUGGCAAAGAAAUAUUCCCUUACAGUGUCUUCUAUAUCUUCUUCGACCAGUACGCAAACAUUGUCAAUCUUACGGCCACCCUUCUUGGCUCAGCGGUGGCGAUCAUCUUCGCAGUCGCUUCAGUACUGCUGGGUUCUGUAAUCACAGCACUCGUUGUUACUGUCACCGUUGUGAUGAUUGUGGUCGAUAUCAUCGGCGCCAUGGCAGUCUUCAACGUGUCGCUCAACGCGGUCUCGUUGGUAAACCUCAUCAUCUGCGUCGGUAUCGCCGUGGAGUUCUGCGCCCACAUUGCUCGCGCCUUCAUGUUCCCAUCCGGUUCGGUCAUGGAACGCGCUAAGAACCGCUUCCGUGGUCGGGACGCUCGGGCCUGGACUGCGCUUGUCAAUGUCGGCGGGUCUGUCUUCAGCGGCAUCACGGUCACGAAGCUACUUGGAGUCAGCGUGCUCGCGUUUACUAGUUCGAAGAUUUUUGAGAUCUACUACUUCCGCGUGUGGCUGGCACUCGUCGUGUUUGCCGCCACGCAUGCUCUGAUCUUCCUUCCUGUCGCACUUUCUUUGGUUGGUGGUGAGGGUUAUGUCGACCCUGAAAGCGAGGGCGGCCUGGUGGAGGAUUUGGAAAAUCGUCGAUACAGAGCACUCGUUCCGGACGAUAACAGCGACUCGGAUGAAUACGAUGAUUAG